AUGUUGUGGGGGGUUUGCUUAGCGGGGGUUUGUUGCACAGGUCUCACUGGUUCUAAUAAUGGUGUCAGUUUGGAAAAUAGAUGCCGAAAGUGGUUGAAAUAUUGUGUUGACGACGGCGUGGGGGUGACCACGGAAGGUAGCUAUGGCGGUUAUUCGGGGUUUUGCUUAGACACCAAUGGGAGUCCAAUGAAGGUGAUUUCAACAAAAACCGAAGGUUGGAACGAGUGGUAUGCAAUUUUCGAUGACUUUGGAAGUGGUGUCGCACAGUGGUUAAUAACGGAGGAAACGACGGAGGAACAGGAAUCGAUGGGUGGAGUUUUGAUCGUACAUUAUGAGUGUUCGAUUGGUGGUGGUUCCAUGAAAAUCCGACAGUGGGGAAGUGGUUGUUCGGUGAUUUCCGAUGAGUUUUUUGGAGAAAAGAAGAGAGAGAAACAAAAGUCGGCAAAUGUGAGCUCAAGUCCAUCAAAAUCCGGUGAUAUACAUUCGAUUGGGAGUGGUGGAGGAGGAGGGAGGUUGUUCGGCGGCGGCGGUGGCGGUGGGGAUAGACGGUUGCGACCGCACCACCACCACCAAGGUCACGGACCACAGGCUUUGAAAUGUCCGCGUUGCGAGUCGUUGAACACGAAAUUCUGUUACUACAACAACUACAAUCUCUCUCAGCCACGUCAUUUCUGUAAGAGCUGCCGGCGAUACUGGACCAAAGGUGGUGUACUCCGUAACGUCCCUGUCGGCGGUGGAUGCCGUAAAACUAAGAGGUCGAAGCCAAAGUCCAGUAACAAUAAUCCUUCCUCCGAUGCUACUGUACGGAAGUCGUCUCAUUCACAAAAUUCCAGCAGUGACAGCUCUAGCCUCACAGCGAACACUACGACGGCAAAAACAAAGGUGAAGACAACGCCAAUCGCACCGGCCGCCGCCGCGGAGGUGUUGUCAGGUAUUAAAUCAACAAACUCUGCACCGACGUUGCUUAAUUUUCAGGAAUCCUCCUCAGGAUUUCUGAAUAUCACUCAAUCGUCUGCUCCGAACCCUAGCUUCGAUCCACCGCUACUGAACCACUCAUCAGCCGAAAACAACAUAUUCCCGGAGAUUGAGACAUUUACAAGCUUGAUAAGCUCAUCCACCGGUCAAUUGCCACUAGGAUUUAACAUAGCCGCCGACAUUUCACCGUUCCGGAUGCACCACACUGGUCAUCUUGUAGAAAAUUCAAACGCGAACCAACAACAAUGGAUGAAUACAGAUCAUACCAUGGAAGAUGAUUUGAAGGUUCCGGAUACAGGUCCACUGGGAUUCAUGGAUGCUCACACGGAUCAAACGGAAUUUUCGGGGUUACAUGACAAGGCAACCAACGAUGAACUUGGCACAGAGGAUUGGGAUAAUGGUACAGAUCAAGCAUUGUUUGAUCUAACAGGAAGCGUGGAUCAAUCAUACUGGAGUCAAACACAGUGGGAUGAACAUGAUCAUGGACAUCAUCAACUUAAUUACCUUCCUUAACAUCGCCAACGCCAAGGUACCGAAUUGAAUCAUCUACAAGAACUUUUUACCCACCAAAAAAAAUAACAGAAAGAGAAAAUGGAGAUAUAACGACUUGGAUCUCCUAUGUACAUCUAUAUUUUUCUUGAAAUUUCUCAUUUAUGAUCUCGAGAGAUGUUUUGGGUUUGAUGUUCUUAUUGUGAACCCGAAACUAACUCUUUUUUUUUAUAAUUUUUUUUCUUUCUUUUGGGGUUGUGAAAUUUUAGUAUGGUGAUUAUGGGUUUGAACCAUUUUAAUUUAUAAUAUAGAGGAUCAUAGUGUUUAAUUUCCUUAAUGUUUAUUAUUGUUAAAUUCAUCAAUAUGAAAUAUAGAGUAAAGACAAAAUUGCAUAAA